AUGGGAGUGCCGCUGUCUCAGUACUCAGAAGAGGACUGUGCCUUCCUGGAAGAGAUCCGCCCCGACGGCCACACCGUGUACCGCUCCGAGAAGCACCGCCUGCCUGUCUCCCUAAGCAACACCAGGCAGCGCCAGCUGUACAAGGACCGGGGCUUCCUGCCGCUGUCCCACUUCCUGCCCAUGCUGCCCGUGGCCCCAGAGGAGUCCUGGCACUUUGGGGAAUCCGACGUGCUCUCCGCGGCCCUGGAGACCGACAGCAUGGACCCUUUCGGGUUCGCCAAGGGCGACGACGUGGUGAAGAGUCCCAGCUUUCAGAAGUGA